UAGUGAGCACAUGACCUUGUGAGGGAAGGACCAUCAUCAUCAUGUAGAGCUGGCCUCCCAAGUGAGUUGGCAAGAUCAGGCUCCUUACGAGUAUUGAGUAACUGUGUUACAUAUAUCUUCUCUCUCUCUCUCUCUCUCUCUCUGAAGGGAAGCUUACUUUGGUUUCAUCGAGCUUGAAUUGAAGGGAGUCUUUUUCUGUCUUUAAAACACACUCUGGCGCUUGGUUUGUGUUGGGUUGGGAGGAGCAAUGGCGUCGUCGUCGUCUAUUGCAGCAACGGCCUCAGUUGCCUCUGUCUCCAAAACUAAUCUUCCUCAUCCCCAAUCCUACCAUUCUCACUCCAAACUCUUCUUUCGUCUCUCGCCCAGACCCAAACUCCGAUUCUCCACCAAGGGUUUGCAGUCCAGUUGGAACCGUUCCAACGUGAUAAAAGCGCAGUUGAAUGAGGUUGCUGUCGAUGAAUCCUCAAACGCUGCAUCUACUCCAACCAAAUCAGAAGUACCAGCAGCAGAACCCAAGGAUGCUAAGCCAUCAAGUGAGACUUCUCCUGCAGCUUUGGCUUCAGAGGAAUCCAUAUCUGAGUUUAUUAGUCAAGUUGCAAAUCUUGUCAAACUAGUUGAUUCCAGGGAUAUUAUGGAAUUGCAGUUAAAACAGUUUGAUUGUGAACUCUUAAUCCGUAAAAAGGAGGCCAUGCCUCAACCAACAUCUUCUGCUCCUGUUGAUAUUAUGCAUUCGCCCCCUUCACCAGCUGCAGCACCACCAACUUUCCAAUUGCCCCCAUCUACGGCUGCUCCUUCUGCACCCACACCUUCAGCCCCAUCUGUAUCACCUUCUCCACCUGCUGCCAAGUCAGCUAAGUCAUCCCUUCCACCUCUUAAAUGCCCCAUGGCAGGGACAUUCUACCGAAGUCCAGCACCUGGUGAACCACCGCUUGUUAAGGUUGGAGACAAAGUACAGAAGGGACAGGUUCUCUGCAUCAUUGAGGCCAUGAAGUUGAUGAAUGAAAUAGAAGCUGAUCAAUCGGGUACAGUAGUUGAGAUCAUUGCAGAGGAUGGCAAGCCUGUCAGUGUGGACACACCUCUAUUUGUUAUUGAACCCUAAAGAUGAUAUGAUGGGACAGCAAGUAAAUGGUACAAGAAGUGGAGAUUCGGAAGGUGUUUUCGUUUGUAAUGUUGUGAGAUGCGGCAGUGCAGGGUGUUUUGUUGCAAUUAGGAUAUUUUGCCUGGAUGCUAUAUAUAUAGCUAGAGAUGAGAAAAAGAAUGUGAGAUUCUGAAUUCAUUGUGUGUACUUGAAGCUCUACUACGUCCAUUCAGAUUAUUUUGUUUUGAUUAUUUCUAUACUUUGAGUUAGAAAGGAUAUCUUAUUGAUGAUGUGUUGGCUAAUGUAUGAAGAGGAGGUUUUACUUUUGAAGAAUUGAAAUUUCUUGGAAGUCCAGAAAAUGCAUAA